ACCAACACGAGCAACACCUAGGCAAGACGAGGAUGGCCACCCCUCGGCCUCGUCGGAGCGCGGCGUCUUCGUCCGCGUUUUUGGGGCAGGAAGAUGAAGACUCGUCAAGAGACAAUUCGCCGAUUUCCGCUGCGGACAUGGCUCUGCGCUCGGCUCGCAAACGAGGGCGGGCGUCUGCCUCGCAGACGCCGAGGAAGAGGGCCUCGCCCCAGAUGAGCGCAUUGGGCAUCGAGGCUACCCCGAAGGCGCCUUCAUCCUCUUCUCCUUCAGCAGCGACAUCAGGAACAAGACGGAGAAGGUCUCUAUCUCAGCCCCCCUCUGCUUCCGUGAUCCGACAAGAGGUGCGAAAAAGCCUUGCAGCGGCUGCGACUCCCAUGGCCAGACGCGCUGGCGGGCCACCUUCAGCGCGCCAGUCGUUGGCCGCCUUUCAGCAAGAUCUUCGCCUCGCCUCUACCCCUGGCCCAUCCUCUUUUCUUCGAACCCCUGGGCGUGGAGGUGGGGCAAGGGAUACCCCUGGCUUUCUCGAUACGGUGCGAAGAAACAAGGAGCUGCACCAGAGCGCGAGCAAGAGGCCGGCAGCGGUCAAAAGCACCCCGUUUGCUGCCACCCAUGGUAUCGGGGGGUGGGGCGCAGGGAUCGGAGAGAGCCCCAUGGCUCUUCUCGUACAGCUCGCUAUGGCACCUGGAGUCUUGCCCGAGCCCACUCCGAGGGAAAGGCCCGCACCGUCGUUUGUCCGACCUGGUCUACGCAACAUCCCUCGCCGCAAUGCGAGCCUGCGGCCUGGUGAGCCAGUCCCUGGGGAUCUGACGCGCGACGAUGGAGAGGUUGCAGGCGACGUCAGCACGAGUAGCGCUUUGGGCAAUGAGCAAGCGAGGCAGCGCCGUCGCCAGUCGACGCGAUCGAGCAACAUCUUUGCGGAGCUGCUGCAAGAUGAAGGAACCACGCUCCUCACGCCAGCUUCAACUGUGACGCGCAACAGACCAAGUCUCUUUAGCAUCGGCGAGCCGAGUGGCCUGCGCGACGACGAUGAAGAGGAGGAGGAAGACGUCUUCGGAUCAGCCCUGGGACGCGAAGGAGAGGAUCGGUCGGGGCUGAUGAAUGCAUUCGCAAACGCUUUGGAAGGGUUCAACGACGACGAUUCGACGAGGUUGUCGCUGACGAGAGCCAUGUCGGAGCCCACGACGGUCGGCUUCAACGAUGUAGAAGCAGACGUCGACUUCCUCACAGGCGACGGAGAUGCGUUUGGUGACGAAAGAGCAGCAUCCAUAACAGCAUUCAACGAGGAUGAGCAGGACACUCCAAGAAGCAGUGCGCCACGCCCAUCGGACACGGACAUCGUCGACACGUCUAGACUCGGCCCGUCUGACCUUCUCGACAAGAGCCUCAUUUAUCAGUAUGACGAGUCCGACGAGGACAUUGGAGAGGUCGGAGCUGAAGAUCUAGAUGCAUCGUCCUCUUCUGGAGGAGAAGACGGCGACGCACUGACGCGCCAGCAGGUGCGCAAGGCACAAAUGGGUCUGCUGCGCCGCAGAGUCGCUCGCCGCAAACGCAGCCGCAAGUCGCCCAUCACGGGCAAACCGACGCCAAUGCUGCCCCCGACGACUGUCCGAAGGCUCUUCGAUGCUGCCGUGCAGCCGAGCAAAGGCUCCCUCUCUGGUGGGCCAACUGCGACUAAACGGCAGACCAUCGCUUUGGAAAACGGCGUCGUGGAUGCCGUCGAAGAGGCCACCCACGAGUUCCUGGCUGAAUUCACACGGCAGGUGUCGGACGUGGCCAGGCAGCACGGCAGAUCUCGGACCGUGACCGAGCAGGAUGCCAUGGCCGUCAUCAAGACACAUGGUUUCGCAACGCCGCGGGAGCCUAUCCCGACAUUGGCGCGACGGUAUCUGCCGCGCGAGCUGAGCGACCUCUUGGUUGGGUGCCUCAGCACACCCAUGGCCAACAGCGCUCUUGCCGUGGCACCAGACCCUUCUUCGCCGUCUUCCUCGGGCUCGUCGGCCUCGUACUCUCCCACCAAGAAGAGGACAGCAAAAGGCAAGGGCAAAGCCAGAGGCAGGCGAUGAUUGUAAUUAUAGCAAUGCAUGUGUAUACUGUCAGAUCACAUCGACUU